AGCAGCAACCACCGCCGCCUCAGGCAGUGCGCUCGCGACACUCGAUCGGCGACACACACCGUAUACCACACGCGACUCUGCCACCUGCUCACAGCUAUUGCAGUCGUAUUUUUCGUCGGAUAACCGUUUUUAAGUUUUCGAGAUUUAAAAAAAAAAAAAAAAAAAGAAAACAAUAUUCAACAUUUCUGAUAUCGUUGAGCGCACGUCAAUCGCAAAGUAACGACGGUGUAUAUUCGUAUGAUAUAACUGUCGUCGUAGCUGGUUUAGCAUUUUUUUUUUUUUUUUAAUCUUUUCGAUGGACCGAAUGGAAGAGGAGCCGGCUGGCGGCGCAGACCGCCCACAGACCGAGCAGACUUCCAAUGAAAAAUGUAAGACAAGUGCCGUUGGUCGUUCGGCCAGUAACGGCGAUGACCGGUCGGGAACGAAGCAGAACGUCGGCGGUGGUGAACAACCGACAACCACUGACCGAACCGAUCCACACGGUCCGGAAGUAGAUGUUGUCUCCGGAGAUCACAGCCGAUUGGUCAGUAGUCGUACCGGCGAGCAGAGGACGACCGGUGUCAGUUGGUCGGGAGAGGAGCGAAUUGCCAACGAGUCUCCGAUAGAGUGGGAAACCGGCGCCGAAUGCGCCAGAGAUUGGCAAAUCGUCGACGAUCGAGCCGAGGCCGCAGCGCAGAUUACCGACGAGGAAAUGCUGCCACUCUUGUUGAUCAAUGACGAACCGAGGGUCCGUGACCAAAUGGUUCAAGUUCCCAUCUCUCGCCUGCCAAGUAACACCAAGAGAUGUGUGCUCACGAUGGACGGCUAUUCGUACGUGAUCGUUGAACUACCAUCUUAUGGAGUGGCAGGCCCACCAGACACUGAUGAUCCGUUUGACGGAAAUAGAGAUGACCCAGUAUUUAUGGACACGAACGAAGGCGCUAGUAGCUCACAAGACUCAGAUCAAAGUUCGAGACAAGGAGCGUUGACAAUUGUCCGCCGAAGCAGUCAAAAGAAGAGCACAUAUUCGGAAGAAUAUAGUAUGGCCUUGUCUAGAGAGAACGAAUCAAUGUUGGACGAUGUAGACCUCAGCCUCGAAGCAAUGCCGUCAUUUGAUUCGUCAGAAGCUGUUGAUAAGGCAGCACUCAGAUUGCGUUGUCUGUUGCGCCACUUGCGAAAGGGAGAGAUAUCAGCAGAAGUAUUGCACAAAAAUCUAUUUUUUGCUGCUAAAGUAUUGGAAUCUGCCUUUUUGGACGAAGAACAAAUUAGUUGCGAUAUGAAAAACAGCCAAGAGGAACUGGAGGAAAUCUCAAAGGCACCAGAACCGUCAACUUCAUCGGCGGUUGCAAUUACAUCUCCAGUUGUCCGACAAAAACGUCUCCGCGCACCCAUUUGGGCCAGAUGUAUUCAGUACGUGCAUGUUAAACAGCGUUUUCUAGUAUAUGCUGAUGUGUUUUUAUUCGUCAGCAUCACUUUGAUGUCCGCAUGUGAUUUGUAUUGUAGCCUCAAAUGGCGAUUGGCUGCCGAAGAGGACGACGAACUUUCGGAAGUUCAACCGGACGCGGUACCACAAGAAGUCAGAGAUUGGCUUGCAUCUACGUUCACAAGACAGAUGGCUUGCACAAGGCGCAAGGGUGAGGAAAAACCCAAGUUUAAGUCGGUGGCACACGCCAUUCGUGCUGGAAUAUUCGUUGACCGUAUGUAUCGUCGUGUAAUCAACGCUCCGAUGAUGACGUUCCCACCAGACGUCAUCGAAGUUUUAAAGGACAUCAAUGAUUGGUCUUUUGACGUAUACAAACUGAAUAAUUACGGAAAUGGACAACCGCUGAAAUACUUGGGAUAUGACUUGCUCAAUCGCUAUGGAAUAUUCCAAAAAUUUAAAGUGCCAUCGGUAGUCAUGGAGAACUUUUUGUGCAGAAUUGAAGAGGGAUAUUCAAGACAUAAAAAUCCGUACCAUAAUAAUUUACACGGUGCUGAUGUCGCACAAACUGUACAUUAUAUGCUCUGUCAAACUGGACUUAUGAAUUGGUUGAGCGAUUUGGAAAUAUUCGCGAUGUUAAUUGCUGCAAUUACACAUGACUUUGAACACACUGGAACAACAAAUAAUUUCCAUGUUAUGUCGGGCACAGAGAUUGCCCUAUUGUAUAAUGACCGCGCUGUGUUGGAAAACUAUCAUAUCAGUUCAACGUUCAGAAUAUUAAAAGAUGAGGACUGUAACAUUUUGCAAAAUCUUACCAAAGAAGAAUUUCGUGAGUUCCGUACACUAGUCAUAGAUAUGGUGUUAGCAACGGAUAUGAGCUUCCAUUUUCAACAGUUGAAAACUAUGAAACAACUUUUGGCAUCGCCCGAACCUACAAUCGACAAGUCCAAAGCUAUGUCAAUGGUAUUACACUGUGCUGAUAUAUCGCAUCCAGCCAAAGAAUGGGAUUUGCAUUAUAGAUGGACAAGCCAAUUGUUGGAGGAGUUCUUUUUGCAAGGCGAUAUGGAGAAAAAAUUAGGACUCCCAUUCAGUCCGUUGUGUGACAGAAACAACACAUUAAUUGCUGAGUCACAAAUCGGGUUCAUUGAGUUCAUAGUUGAACCAAGUAUGACCGUAUGUAGUGACAUGUUAGAGUUAAUUUUGGGUCCAAUCAAUUUGGUAAAUGCAUCCAAGAACGUUGAUACAAAUUUGGUGGUUGACGAAAAUGACGGGAAAACAGACAAUUCUAACCAAUCUGACGUAGCUAUCGCAUGCACAGCAAUGAGCUGCAGCAUCGAAGAUAGCAAAGAUAUGAAAGAAAACAAAGAUAUGAAAGGUAGUAACGAUGUAAAGGAUACUAAAGAAACCCAACAUAUUGAAAGUUCCAAAGAUAAAUAUGACACACCUUCUACAAGCAAGGAUACAAAACAUGAAGAAAAGUCUGAAAAAGAAUCAAAACAAGAAACAAACGCUGAUGACCCCAAAUCUAGCAACAAGUUGUACAAAAUAAAAAAGCCAUGGAACGAUUGUUUGAUCAUAAACAAAAAGAAAUGGAAGGUGCAAGCAGCUAGAGAAGCAAAGCUUAGAGAGUCGAAGACGAAAUACACAAUGAGUGACAUAAGAAUGCCACUACCCGGUGAAAUUGUACAAGACGAAGACAAACCAUCUUCGGCAGAUGUGGAGAUUAUUGAAUAAACGUCCAUCAGCAGUUUGAUUUUUAACCAUAAUAUGACUUUUGACUUAUUAUUAGACUUUCUUUAAUUAUUUUUAAAUAUUAGCAUCGUGUUGUAAAUAUUUAUUAGAGGUACUCUUCUUAAAUUUAAGACAGUUCAAAAUUAUUUAAAUUAAAAUAUAAGCUCACUUUUAAAUAGGUAGGUACAUUAGAGACAACUAAUAUGUUUAAUAUAUUUGUGUGUGGGGGUGUGUUUGUAGGGGAGGGGGCUGUGAUUGUGGGCGUAAGUGUGUUUGGGUGUAUGUUUAUACUUAUUUUUAUGCGUGUAGCUUAUGUAUGCUUAUAUAAUGUAAGUGUAUAAUGAGUAUAUAAUACAUUAAGCAGGUUUAUAGGGAGUGUGUUUAUAAAACAUUAGGUUUAUGUGAGUGUCUAUAUAAUAUAAUACUUAAUAUAUAACAUUUUUCACUAAAUGGUGUGAUAAACCAUACCUGCGAUAAAAAUUUUGUUUAAUUAAUAAUGUCAUUGUUAAUUUGUCCACUUUUAAUUUUUCAAUCACAACUAUCGACUUUUUAAAAUAAAUU